CAUUUCGCAACAGUUUGUCCAAGUUCGUCCAGCUAUCGUACUUGUGGUUAGCGAUCAUCAUCGAUGGAGAAUUUUCGCUCACACUUGGAAAAAUGUGACGUGGUCAGGGAACAUCUAGAUGAGUGGUAUAGCGGAAGAAUAAGGGUGGAAGGGGAGCUUUCCAAGUUAGCGUGGCACUUUGAGAAAUGGGGACAGGAAUCCGAAUCACGUACCGCUGCUGAUUCAACCGUUAAAAGACCCAAGAACUCUGGAGCUAAGGAGGGGAACAUCACGAAAUGGAUGGACUUUGUUGUGGGGCUUAUGGAGAACGAUAGAAUUCUAUCGGACAAACUCUUCAACUCAGUCACCGAGCUUCAGACGAACGAAGCGGUUCUUUCGUUUAAAAUUCAAUGUGGUAUUUUUGGUGGUGAAUCUCACAACUCGCCAACGGAAAGUCGUCCCAGGAACAGCGCGAGGGGAAAUGACUACAGUCGAGAAAAUGUGGAAUUCCUCCUUCGUCAGAAGGUCAAGACUCCCCUUCUUUUGAGUGCGAUCGGCACAUUGGCCAUCUCUGUACCCUGGCAUCUCGAGGUCGUCAAACGUAUCAAGGAUGUUGCUUGCGCAGAUCGUCGCUCUCGUUGUGAAACUGCUAAGCUACUCCACGUUUUCGCUGCUUCCGCGAAAAUUCAGCGUGAAGAAGUACGCUCCUCUAUCAUGGAAUAUUUGGAGGAUUAGUUCAUUUUCAUGAAUGAAGUGCUCCACGAUUAUGCUUUUGUGUGCCAUAUAUUCUACGUAUCAGUGUAUCUGUCACAGCCUUGAACCCCA